CAAGUCUGUCCGCCUGUCGACUGGCCAGUGUCCUCCCGACUGUGCGAUUGUUUAGUCUCAAACUUUAGCAAACUUUGUUAGAGCGAAGAUUUGGCGGGACUUACAAUGACUUUAAACCGAGUGGUAGCAAUCACUGGAUGUGACACUGGUUUAGGCUGGGCCAUAGCAGCUAGAUCAGCUCGUGAGGGUCUCAUCACAAUAGCUGGCAUGUACCACGGUACUGAUACCCCAGCAGCGAAGGCCUUAAAGAAGUUGUGUGCUCAUCCGUACCCACUAGAUGUGAGGGAUGCUAAGAGUGUCGCUGAGUUUAGAGAUUACGUGAUGACUUUAGUUACUGAGAACCCUCGUUACAAACUGUACGCGGUUGUCAACAAUGCUGGAAUAAUGACGAUAGGGGAUUACGAGUGGCAAACGCCAGACAUGAUAGAAUCUACUAUCAAUGUGAAUCUCAUGGGCGCCAUGCGAGUGGUCUCAGCCUUUCUUCCUGAUCUUCGAAGAAGCUCUGGUCAGUGUUCUCCGAAGCCUCGUAUCAUCAACAUUGCCAGCCAUUGUGGGCAGCAUCCUUUGCCUGGAUUUGGUCCAUACAGUGCCAGCAAGGCAGGACUUCUUGCUUGGACACGGGCUCUGCGGUGGGAACACUGGACUCAUGGACUUAGGGCUGUAGCUUUUAUACCAGGAGGAUUCGUUGCUUCCAGCGGUAUAAUGACAAACCAAGUAGCACAAGGUACCGCUAUGUUGGAGCAUUUGAACGAAGAGCAGAAAUUAUUUUACGGAAAACGAAUAGAAGCUCUUACUAAUUAUCUAGGAUCUAGUACAUCCCAAAACACGACCUUCGAUUCACUGAAAGACGAAAAUAUCAUCGAAACAUUUGCUAAAGCAUUACUAGAUGAAAACCCAAAGGAUCUCUACAAAGUUGAAUCGUGGAGAUACAUGUUUUAUUAUAAUCUGUUAAAGUCGCCACUCCCGGAAGGGGUCCGAUAUUGGUUAAUACAAAAGUUUCUUAGUUUUCCUAAGGAUGAAUAAAUAAAACUGAAUAUUCUUA